UGUGUGUCUGACACACAAGGUGGUGACCAGGCGGGAAUGCGCUUGCCUGACGAGGGACUGCCUCUCUUGGUGGCGCGUCGCUCUUUUAUUUGUGUUCCAUGGCUGUGCCAGUGAGGACAGCGUCUCUCUCUCCGCCAGUGCGCGCCAGUCCUCCGGGAGCAGCCGAUCUCCAAGCAAUCCGCGGCCGGCGAGAGGCGGGGAGAUGCAGCCCGGCACCGAAUUAGCUCGCUUCGGGCUGCUGUGCUGCUGCCUCCUGGUCCCGGUGCAGAGCUGUGGCCCCGGCCGGGGUUACGGCAGGAGGAGACCGUCCCGUAAGCUCGCCCCACUGCUCUACAAGCAAUUCAUCCCCAAUGUGGCCGAGAAGACCCUGGGGGCGAGCGGCAGGUCGGAGGGCAAGGUCAGCCGCACCUCCGAGAAAUUCAAGGAGCUGACUCCCAACUACAACCCUGACAUCAUCUUCAAAGACGAGGAGGACACCGGAGCUGACCGCCUCAUGACCCAGCGCUGUAAGGAUAAAGUGAAUUCACUUGCAAUCUCUGUGAUGAACCAGUGGCCAGGCGUGAAGCUCCGGGUAACAGAGGGCUGGGAUGAAGAUGGACAUCAUUCAAAGGAAUCCUUGCAUUAUGAGGGCCGAGCAGUAGACAUCACCACUUCUGACAGGGAUCGCACCAAGUAUGGCAUGCUGGCCCGUUUGGCAGUUGAGGCUGGAUUUGACUGGGUUUAUUAUGAGUCAAAAGCCCACAUUCAUUGUUCAGUGAAAUCAGAUAAUUCAUUGGCCACUAAAACAGGUGGCUGUUUCCCUUCUAAAGCCAUGGUAACACUGGAAAAUGGACAAACCCGAGCUGUGUCAGAGCUGAAUCCUGGGGACUGGGUCUUAACAGUGAAUGCACUUGGCCAGGUGGUCCCCAGUCAAGUCCUUCUCUUUCUUGACAAAGAAGAAGAACUGAGAAUCUCUUUUACUGUGCUGGAGACUGAAGAUCCCAGACAGCGGCUGGAACUCACAGCAGCACACCUCAUCUUUGUUUCUGAUAAUAAUACUGACAGAAUGGAGAACUUUAGACCGACAUUUGCUAGUCAAGUACGUACGGGUCAGUUCGUCCUUGUGAGAGAGAUUGCCUCAGGCCAGUUGCGUUCAUCUAGGAUUAAAGCUAUCUAUGUGGAAGAGGACACUGGUGCCUAUGCACCACUGACAUCUCAUGGCACACUGUUAGUGAAUAAUGUACUGGCAUCUUGUUAUGCAAUGAUAGAGAAGCACCACUGGGCACACCUGGCAUUUGCACCUCUCAGACUCUUUCACUCAUUGACUUCUUUGUUACCAGUUCUCCAUCCUCGGUAUGACAAUGCCACACAGGAGAGUGGCAUCCAUUGGUACUCCAGGUUUCUCUACAGUUUAGGUGAAAAGGUUCUAGACAGGGAAAUGUUUCACUCUUUAUGAAGAGUUGCAGGAGCAGGCCAACAUUGCCUGAUGAAGAUGCAACCUCUGUGUAUCUGAGAUGCACCAGGUCUACCUGCAUAAGUACCUGCAUGGUCUUCUGCUUUAAGCAGCAUUGUGGACUUCUAAUUCUGUACAAGGGAACUCCACUCCCAGGGAUAGAAUUUAUUUUGUGUGUCAGUAAAUAUACAUUCAGAAUAUAUUUUUCUACGUCACAUAUAUAACUUUUAAUUGUCCCACUGAAUGUAUAUACUUUAAAUAUGUUGCGUGGUUAACGUAAUCAUGGUCAAAAACAAGUCAGUUUGGGGAAUUAUUAUAAAGUUUAUU